CUCCUUUCUCUCAAAAUCAAAAAAAAGUUUUCCUCAUUUUUUUCUCCUCCCUUCUUUUUUCCAUCCCUUAAAGAUUUUUCAAAGAUCUUCUCAAUUUUAAAGAACAGCAAGUAAUAUCUUACUAAAAAAUCCACUGUUCUCUUCUCUGUUUUGAAGGAGAAUUUUGAAAGAAAGUAAUUGUGGCUAGUUUAUAAAGUUUUAUAUAAACAGAAGAACAGCAUGCGGUGGUUGAGUUUAUCAGUCGAUGUGUUCCGUAAAGCCGUCUCUUUGAACUUGUUUUGUAGAGUUAUUUUGUAGAUUUCCCCUCUUGCUUCACCUUCUUUCAGUCCCCUCUCUCUAUCUUCUCUUUGUCUCUCAGAUCCAAUUUCUUUUAGCAAAAUUCUGUAACUAUAUGAAAACGUUUCUCUUUGAGUAACAAGCUUUCUCUGUUUAACAUUUCACUGUCAAGUUUUUAGUUGCUUUCAUUCUCAAACUUCUGUUACAAUUUGAUCAGCUGUCUAUCUAAGCUUUGUUUGUUAACAUUUCACUGUCAAGUAUCUUUGAACCUUGUUUCUUGUCACGGUCAUUUUAACUUCAUCAUCAGAAUUGUUGGUAGUUUUAUUUGGGUGGGUUUUGCUAAAAAAAGGGUUUGUCAAGGAGUUAUGGUGUGUCAAAGAGCUAGUCAAUCAAAAUUCCGAGCUUUGAAACACGAGACGGGUAUCGCAGGAAACACCACAAUUAUAGUUAAAGUAAUAGCAUGCUUUCAACCAUUGCAAGAUUGCCAGGCUGAAUAUUUUAGACAUUUACUUAAACCAGUGACGUAGGUGUUUUGGAGUCUGUUUGUCAUUUUUAUAGUUACUCUGGAGUUCUAUUCUUCUUCUUUUUCUUUAUUGGAAGUUUAUCAAGUAUUCAGAAUCUCUCCCUUGAAGAAUUACUUUCGAUUUACCGGGAAUUUAUUUGGUUGGAUGGAAAAAGACUUGCAAUUAUCCAACCUUAACAGCCCGGGAUUCACAUUAGAUUCAAAUCCCGGUGAUUAUUUGAGGACGUGUACAAACCGGUACCCCAGUAUGGUUCCUCCGAAUGCAUCUUUGCCAGGAUACAAUGCUGCUGGCUUACCUCAAUCAAAGAUUGGGCAAGUUAAUGAACCUAAUGGCUGGUUCUAUUGCUUACCUCGCCAUCGCCAGACGUUAACUCCAUUGCCAAACUCUGCACCCAAAGAGUUGGCUUCUUCCCCUUAUCGGCAUGGUGGCAUAGAUGGAUGUGGUGCAGGGGCUGUACCCAGUUCACUAGCUGGGUCUGACCAGAAGAGAUUCCUUGUCUUUGAUCAGUCUGGAGAUCAAACAAGUCUUUUCUACAGUUCUGCAGUUGGUUCAAAUGCUCGACACCCAUGUUAUGAUGGUGCGAAAUCAUUGCACAUUACUGGGUCGCAGAAGGAUGACCUUACAAGUAACAGAGAGCUGAUCCCUCAUUGUCAAGUUGCCUCAGUUCCUCUUGAGGAGAGUCAAGAAUCUGGGGAUAGAAGUGAAAUGCACGAAGAUACAGAAGAGCUUAAUGCACUAUUAUACUCUGAUGAUGAAUGUGAUUCCGAUGAUGAAGAGAUUAGCACGGGCCAUUCCCCACGUGAUGUGAUUGGAUGCCAGGACCUUGAGGAGGUUGGCGAAAAUUUAGUAGACAUUGUUAGUUCUGCUUGUCCAACUAAAAGGAAGAGGGUAUUGGAGGAAGACCAUUAUAAUGCAUCACUUCUGGACACUGCAAGUUCGGGAAUAGCAAAUCACUCAGUGGAGUGCAACGACGAUGCUGAAUCAAGUUGUGCAGGAGGCAGCAUGAGACAAAAAGAUAUGGAAUCCUUACCAGUUAAUAAGCGGCUGAGGAGAGAGAGGGUAAGGGAGACAGUGAAAAUUCUGCAGAACCUAAUUCCAGGAGGGAAAGACAAGGAUGCUAUUAUGGUCAUUGAUGAAGCUAUCCAAUACAUCAAGUCCCUAAAGUUUAAAGCUAGAUCAAUGAAGUGAUCCUUAUCAGUAACAAUAGUAGUAAUAGUAGCUUGAUUGAUUGUGUGAUUUAUUCGGUUUGCAUAAUACAGAGUGGUUGACCUGAAAAAAAAGAGUACACUUUUGAGGAGGCAGAGAGGGGGAUGGUAGUUUGAUCAAGGAAGUUCUUUUAAUCCUGCAUGCUUGGAUGUCUAAAAAAUCAGUAUCAGCACUCACAUUUCGAUUACUGUAAGUCUUCUUUUCGCGAUUUCUAAUUAGGAGGAAAUUGUUCUGACUCACCUUGUUGGUGGGCAUAUGAUUGCGGAAACUGUUUUACUGGGAUGUGCCCAGUUAAAACCUGCAUGCCAAGUUUUGGUGAACUUGAGGACCUACCACCACCAUUACCAAAUUCAGCCAUUUUAUGUUUGUCAACUUCUAAAUAUAUUAUCCUCUGUGAUCGGGCUUCUCUGCCUCCCACUCUCCACUGCACUCAGAAAUGAUAUCAUUAUGGGUAAGGUCAAAACCAGAACAUGAAAUGUUUGGUUCUAAAUGCUUUUAUUUAGAUGAAUUUGUGUGCUUGAAAAUGGUACUGGUAUUAUCCAGUAGUCCAUUUAAAAAAAAAUAAAAAAAGUGAGUAGUUGAUUUGUGUGCUCUUUUGUACUCAUGUAAUAUACAAGGUUGCCCCGAUGAGUGCUUUGAUGGGGUUGUGCUUUCUUGUGAAAGAGUUGAUGUAUUGCGCGUUAUAAACGCCAUUAUCAUCUUCUUCGGAAUGGUUUCCCAAUUUAUGUAUUGUGUGGUGUGAAUGUAUUUGAUUUCUUCAUUAAUGAAAUUGCAUUGUGUGCGAGUUUAAUGUUACCAA